UUAGAAUGCUUAGUUGUGUUUCGUUUGACUACUUUUAAUGCAGAAUCAAAGGAGUCAUCUCCUAAUGGCCUCGCACCCUCCUCCAUGGCUACUGGCAUCAGUCCUUUCACCAAAUCAGGCUGCCCAUCUUUUGGCGGCGUAUUCGGUCUCGACGGUCCGGUUCGACACCCUUUUGGUGGAUUGAGCAGUCCCUUCGCUAAUGAUGGCAUCUUCACCACCACUGCAUUGGGAACCAGCACUUUCAGCAACCCAUCUAGCGGACCUCCGAUUAUGCUGGCAAGCACGGUGCCUGCUCAUAAUUCCUCUGCAGCCCGAUUCGGAACCCCUUUUUCCUUUUCGCGGAGCGCAUCCAUCUCGGGCACAAUGUCAAGCGACACUGGGUUUUGCACUCGUGGCGCUGCCACGCCUGGAGGCGGGUCGAUCUUUCUGCAUAAGGAUCACUUUCCUCAGCCACCCACAUUCAGCUUCUCGACGCCAAACACCACCGCCACAUUCAGGCCUCCGAGCUGCUCUACUGCUGAUUGUGGAGCAUUACCAGAGCCUGAAGCCUUUAUAACUUCGACGUCUUUUGGGCCUCAGAAACCGACCACAACGGUGAUGCAUAAUUUUUUCGGUUUCCCAAACGCCACAUCAACUUGCUUUAAUUCUCAACCCACCCCAUUUUGGAACUCUCCCUUCAAAAGCUGCACCCAAAGAGAUGGUGGAAAGAUCAGCAACUCAGCUUCUCCCUUUGGACCGCAGACCGACAGCCGCGGGAAAACCACAGCGCCUGACUAUGCCCCAACACCGGCUCCAGAAGAAAGGACAAAUGGAAAAGUUUACUACAAAUACAUGUCUAUAUCCGCCAUGCCUUCCAAUAAGGACAGGAGUCAUGAAGAAUUAAGAUGGGAACGCCAUGAAUCGAAAGAAUCAAAGCAGGAGUCAUCUUCUGAAGGGUUUGCUCCCUUUGCUGCUAUCAGCAACCCAUUCGCUACAAGAACCGCCACCAAACCAUCCGUCAGCAGCGGCUUCGUCACACCAUUUUCCCAACCUUACUGGUUCACACCGAGCGCAACGGCCUCAUCUGGUGGUCCAUCAAGCAACACCGCAUGCAGCGUCACCAAUCCCAGCGUCAGAGGAGGCUCAAUCUGUCAACAUAAUGCCUCCACUCAACCACCUGCAUUUAGUUUCCCGAACACCGCUGCCACUGCCUUUCAUUUUGGACCUCCAAGAAAUUCUGCCCCUGGUGGUGAGUCUACUAAUGUCCCUAAAGAUUCGGGUACCAAAAGACCCGGUGGUGGCUUCAUACCUCCCACACCUUUUGGCCCUCUUACUAUGACUGCUCAAGCAAAUUCCACUGUUUUUGACUUUCCGAGCACCCCAUUCACCCAAAAUACUCGACCAUCAAAAUUUCGCUUCAAAAGCAAAAUUGAGGGAGAUAGCAGAAAGAUGAGAACUACCCCGACAAUUUGCAGCAGCUGUCGGCAAAUUGAAGCCUCCAGAUAUGCCCCGACACCGGCUCCAACAGAAUCUCAGCACACAGAAUCCACGUCUGUAUCUGCUACGCCUGACAACAAGCACAAUAGUCCUGAAGAAAUAAGAUGGCAAUGCCAAAAAUCCAAAGAGAAAGGUGGAGAACAGGUUGAUCCAGUCAGUGAGAUGGCUUCGCACGAACCACACUCAUUUUUUCCAGUAAUGAUGCUUCCGGUGAUUCCUGCCCGUACCCACAGUUUUGGUGCCUUCCCCUGGAACACGAUUUCUGGACCCUGCACAGGCUUUUAUGCUCCAACACUUCUUGGAAGUAACGUUCCUGUUCUUCUAGUUCCGUCUAACUCGAUGGGGCUAAACUGCUUCCCUACUACAGUUUCUGGGGAAAAUUAUUUUCAGGCCAUGCCAGCUGCUAUUGAUUCUCUUAGUGAGAUGUUUCGUCGCCUAUAAGCAAGCUUGAUGACUUUGAAACAUGAGUACAUCGUUUCCUAGGUUCUUUUUGUUUUUCCUUUUCCUUUUAUUUACCUUCUCUACUUUUUGUGCUUUCCCGUGGCAAGGAUUGCAUGGCUGUAGUAGGAUAAGGGUUAGGUUUCUCUAUAUUGACAUGGAUUCAAUGAUUCCAAAGUCAGUCACAAAUCUACAUAUUUAUU